UCGACGGUGUCCCGGCUCGGCCGCUGGAGGCGCUGCCGCGGCGCUCAGUAGUGACAAGAUGGCGACGCCCAGCGAGCUGUCUCUCGAGGAGAUUCGCAAAUAUUUAUUGGAAAACGGUGGCACAGCACGGAACCACGACGUCGUGAAGUAUUUCAAGAAAUUCCUAACGGACCCCGAAACCCGAGUCGAGGCACGGAAUCGGUUCAAGGAAUACGUGAACACCCUGGCCACUAUAAAGAACGAAGAGGGGGAGAAGUAUUUGGUUCUGAAGAAGAAGUACCGGCAAACUGCUCUGGAGUUCCCGUCCCCGGAGCAAAUUGGAUCGCCUCUCACCUCUCCUGACAUUGUCACCCCGGUCUCUCCUCUUCGAGUUCCUCCGCCGUACAGGCCACCACCCCCCGCGCCACUCAGCCCAUCCGCGACUAACUCGGACGCGGUCCGCGAGGAAUCGUGUUCAAAUUUCGGUCACGAGGGGGCCGCGAUCGACGCGCGGAAAAAUGGCGUUCACGGUGCGGAGGCUGGAUUUUCAACUGCAUCGCCGCCGGUGCCACCCCGACGUAAAAGUCAAGAUAAAAUCAAGAUGGACAAUAAGGAGAACGUUGACAGGAACAGGGGAGGAUCCGAAGCAGUGAUCAAGGAAGAUGAGGCAGUUACCGGGAUACCGAGCUCGGCCGAGCAAUUAAGCUUCCGCGAGCGGAUGCAACGUUUCAACCGGAUGGCUAGCGAAACUGAUCUCCAUGGCAGACCUAACGGCGCUAUCACGCCCACUAAAAAGCGAUCAGACAAGGGUGCCGACGAGGAUGACAGCGCUUCCGUUGCCUCGCAACUGGACGGGAAGUCGCGCGAGUGGCUGGUCAGGGCUGCGCAGGGGGACUACCAGGCGUUGGCGAAGCUGGCCGGGGAGGAACCUCGUCUCACCGGGCUCAAGGACCCGACAUCCGGCUAUACGGCUUUACACUGGGCGGCGAAGCACGGCGACGAGAACAUCGUGAAGCUGAUCGCGGGCACUUACAAGGACUACAUCAAGAGCGUCAACGAGACUACGAACGGGGGAUACACGCCGCUGCACAUAGCGAUGCAAUUCGACCACGAGAACAUCUUCAAUCUCCUAGUCCAAGUAUACGGUGCGAAUCAAGAAAUUCGUGACUACAGUGGAAAGAAAGCGAGACAGUACUUGGUCUCACAGGAGGCCGCUGUCAGUCAGGACACCUUCCGCAAAAUAAAAGCAAGGAAAAAGCAUGCAGAGAAAGAUCUUGGUUUCCUGCGUAUUGGCUCGCUGAACGAACGCGUGAAACGCACGACGGAAGCGUUCAGCCAGUUCCUGGGUGUGGCAACUAGCAGCGCCAGCAGCAACCACGAGAAGAUACACAAGAGCUGGGGCUCCGCGGAUAAUGUGCAGUUGGACCAGAAGAUGAUGCCACCCCCGAAGUACGCGCCUAUCAAGAAGAGGAGGAGCCGCAGGGCGCAGGAUUUCGGAUCGUCGCGGGACCACGCGGCCAGCCAACCCAACACUCCGUUGCUGCAGGGCAAAGUGUCCCGAUCCAGCCAACACCGGCGGCCAACCUCCACCACAGUCGUCACCACGAGCAGAUCGCAGCAGAACAACGACUCCGACUCGGACACCGCGUGCGGCUUCGACUCCACGUGGCGAGGAUCGGCGCAGUUGUGAAGAAAUUAUUUAUUCCGUCGUCGACAGCUCAGAGGCUUUAUUCAGUCAGGGUGUGCGGGGGUGUUCGACCCCCGUUCAAUCUCCUUCCGCUAUCGGGACGCUUCGAGUCGUUCGCAUUCGUCGGCGAAUCAUCGAAACGAGAGGAAGAUAUUUUAAUUUAUUCAUCGAUGCGAUUUAUUUAUGGGAGGCUCACUGGAAAAUCACGCUGGAGCGAGUGUUGAACGCAGUGUUCGCUAGCGGAAGGAAGUUUGAACUUGGGGCAGAUUCGUCUACUUGUGGAUAGAUCGACCAGGAUAAUCGAGCUUUCGGAAUUAUUAAUUUUGAACGAAGUUCGCACAAUACUUUCCCGUCGCCAGAUUCUCAAAGGAACGAUAUUUUUCUACGUUGCUGUCACUGUAGCUUUUGUCAGUGCCUUAUUUAACAGCCCGACGCAACGGUUUACGUUUAUCGGUGUCACUUUCCUCGAGGCGUCCAAACGCGUCCUGCCUCGUUCGCUUGAUAAUGAGAUUGCGACUUUUCUAUACAGGGUGUACUGUGCACAAUUAUUUUGUAAGAUAUAUCUCGCUAUGUGCGCGCAGCGUAGAAACACGAGUAUAAUUAAAGAGCAAUUUUGUCUGUGGUAUUUAUCAUGUUACUGAUGGAUAUAUUAACUUUUUCGAUGUAGAGCUUUUUUCUAAUAAAGUAUGUACAUGAUCGUAUUA